AUGACAAUCAAAUUUGCCUUUAUUCUAUUUUCCACUGCAAUCGUUCAUGUUUGUGGAUGGAACGAAUUCGGCCAAAGAACCACAGUCGAUACACAGCUAUCGACCAAUCUAAGGCGACGAAAGUCUAGCAUUUGGGAUGAAGCACGGCAGCGCCCGCAAAGGAUUUACAGAAUCAGAGAGGACCUUGUGUUUGAAGAAUCACUCCAGUACGAAAGCCUCCUUGACAUGGUAUCGUUCUCGAUCUCUAUGUCAAUGAUAACAUCAUCAAGACCAACUGCAAGUCCCGUUCAUUUGGAGCCUCCUCCAUUCGUAAUUCCAACUGCUUCACCUACUGUAGCGGUCCCAUCAUCAGGACCCACUGUGAUUCCCACUACAGUCCCAAGCGAUGAGCCCACCAACAGCCCUGUGCAUACUGAGCCUCCUCAGCUCGUAAUUCCAACUGUAUCACCUACUAUAGUCGUCUCAUCAUCAGGACCCACUGCGAUUCCGACUGCAGUCCUGAGCGAUGAGCCCACUACGAGUCCUGUACAUACUGAGCCUCCUCCUCUCAUCCUUCCAACGUCAUCACCUACUUUAGCGGCCCCGCCAUCAUCCUCAGGACCCACCACGAUUCCAACUAAAGUUCCAAGUGAUGAGCCCACCAACAGCCCCGUGCACACUGAGCCUCCUCCUCUCAUUCUUCCCACAGCCGUCCCAACUGACGAGCCUACCGAAUUUCCCACGCAGCCCACUGCUCUUCUACCAGGAGCAUCUCAGAGUCCAACGGGAGAGGUAUCUAUGGAGCCUACUGUGACACCAAUACCAACUUCAACACGGUCGCCAACAGUAGCCCCUACAACUGCUGUGCCAACUGCGUCUCCAGCGCCAACGUUGUCACCUUCCUUGACACCAUCUCAGAAGCCUUCCAUUUCUUCGUCUCCGACGGAAUCGCCAAGACCUUCGGCAUCCUCCAAUCCGUCAAGUCCACCAAGCACAUCCCAAGCACCAACUCUGUCGCCGUCCAUGGCACCAUCGCCAAAACCAUCCGUGUCUAUGUUUCCAACACUAUCACAAAGCCCAUCUUCGUCAGGCAUGCCAUCAGGUCGACCGAGCGAAUCGUCAGCACCCACUACAUCUGCGGCUCCUACCUUGAUUCCCACUAUCCUUGAUCCCUCUCUGGUCGAGACCUUUGCCCCAUCGAGUCAAAGUCAAACAACACCGACAGUUGCCUUUGAUUGCUUGGACAAUGACAUUCUCAGUCUUGGCGACGCUUCUGAUGUGAAUACAACACUUAUUAAUCUCUUUGUUGGAUAUCAUGUCGAGAGUAGUAGCAAUUCGACAGAUGACUAUCUGGCAGAAUUGGAACAGAGUUUACUUCUAACUGCAGUGGCUGCCGCGUUGGGAUGCAAUCGGCCCGAUCUCCGACGGCGUAAUUUGAUGGAGGCUCGUAACAGAAACCUGCUCAAACAGAGCACAAUUAUCGAUUCUGUUCCCUGUAAUACAACUGUCGACGGAGCAGUAUCUUGCACUACUAUAGAGACAGAUCUUGUAUUUUUCUUGAAAGGGGAAGUUGAUCCAGACACGGCUGAAUUUUCUGGAUACUCGGCCAUUCGGGACAAGAUGACCGACGAUGAAUAUAUUGGAAAGAUUCCAACCGUCCUCAAGCUGAUCUAUAAGAGUCCACUUCCCCUUCCGGCUCCACCCCAAGUGAAUGAAGAUCCCAAUAAUAACAACGGAGACAAUGAGGGCCUGAAUGCCAGAAAUGUGAAAUUGCAAGUAUCACCAUGGACCAUUGGGGCUUGUGUGGCAAGUGUUUUUGGAGGAGCUGUGUCUUUUCUCGUUUGGUCUCGAAACCGUCGAUCUCGUCACCAUCGGCACAUUCAGCUGGUAGAUGACUGUUCCAUGAUGGAGACGUCUUCUCGUAAUCCAGUAUCAGUCUAA